CUCAACUGACUCAUCCUCCGAGUUAAUGUUCCUUAUUAAUGUGACACUGUUUAAAAGGACAUAAACCAGCACUUAAAAUUAAGUUUAUUUUCUUUAAGAAUACUUCAUAUAAUUAUCUACCGAAAACAUCCUUUCUUGCUAUUGGCAUCAAAUUAAAUAAGGUCGAAGGACUCUUUCUCAAAGUUGUGCCUGGCAGACAAAACUGAGGGGAGCACUAAACAUUAAGUAGGCUCAAGGAAUUGUGGGUAAAACAUGUCUGCGCUUGGCCAUUAACCACCUUGAUAUUUUGGUUUAUGGCUUUUGGUUUGAAAGAUUUUGGUCUUUAUAACAUUUUUGUUUAUGUUAACAUCGAGGCUGAAUAUGUCGGAAUAUGCAGAGCCAACGAGCGGUUCCGGAAAGACGCCCACCAAAGCGGCCAUUUCUCAAAUACUGCAGAAAAACUUCGAAAAGCUGCCUGACCUCGACCAGAAACUCUUCACCUUGGGACCCUUUUAUCUGGCGGGAAACGCGGGGCUCGCGGGGCUGAUAUCGAACAGUCUGUACCGCCGGGCCCUGAACAUCCACGCCGCGCGCCUCGCCUCGAGCCUGCCGAUGGCCGUGCUGCCCUUCCUGACCACCAGCGCGCUCUACAGCGCCACGGUGUCCCAGCCCCUCCUGUCCGGCGACCUCAACUGCCCCACCUGCGCCAUGAUCCGGGGGGCUCUCGUCGGUGUGGUGGGCGGCGCGGUGUACCCCAUCGUCCUGGCGUUACCCCUGAAUAUCGGCCUUGCUUCCAGGUACAGCACGGCCCCCCUUCCCGGGAAGGGCAACCUGCUGCGGUACUGCGUGGACGUCUCCAGGCCGGUCCUCAAUAAGAUGCGGGCAGUGGUGUUGCUUCAGGCCUUCUUCGGAACCUACCUGGGCUCCAGAAAUUUUGAAACUUACUUUAAACUCGCCCGGAUAUCGUUCGGUCAGAACGAGGAGCUGCAGGAGGAUUGAGAUGCUGCGUCCUGGAAACGCGCGCGCGCGGCUCUGCACGGAUCUUCGCCUUAAUAAGAACUGCCAAGUUUAUUCCUAAUAAAAUAUGGAGGAACUCUAAGCCCCUGAAAGAGUGAAUAAUUUAAGGUCAAAAGAAUUAAACCUCAAAGGCCCAGUCUGAUGACAGUGGUGUUUUAUCAUGUUCUUGUGCCAUUUUUCUAAUUAUAGAAGACAUAUCUUAAGAUAUUUCAUGUUAGAAUAGCAUUUUUGAGUAUUUAUUUAUUCAAAUCGUUGUGAAGCAGUAGCAGACGAAAAAAUUCAGUUGAGAAAAGUUUGUAGGACCUCCUGGCUUUGCCCCAUUCUGAUGCAUCCACUUGCAGACAAACAGAUCCAUGUCUGUCUUCAUUUUCCUCAUCCGAGCUGGCAUCUGACUUAAAACUGUACGGCUGGACAGCUCCAAUAUUGCUUACAAUUUAUGUUGCUCCACCAAUCUUAGGUUGGGGUUGUGAGGGACGGUAAGCUAGCAGGAGAGAAUGGAAAUAGAUGGAUGAUGGGAAGAAGGGGCAGUCACACAAUUAAAAGCUUUAAAACAAACACAAUAAAAGUAUUUUAACUCUCUCAGGGAUAGUUGUGGUCAGAUUUUUAUUUUGCUUUUAAAUAGUUUUGUGGAAAAAUUAGAGAUCUUUGUCAAAACUUUCCUAUUUAAAUUUCCAACUAAUAAGGUUUUGCUGUUCAAUGAACUUCAUGUUUGGGAAUAAUUUAUAGUCUACUAAUUGAAUAAAGGUUAAAUAGAAGAGAA